ACAUAAUUAAAUCUAGGUCACAGGCAACUUUGCUUGGCUGUACACAAGUAACAUCGAUCCUUGCUGGGUUGUUUUGGCAUUGUUUUAGAGAGUUGGCUUUCGGAAAGUUCUCACACAGAAAGCAAAAUGGAGACAAUUAGAAAAAAGCUUGAUAUGCUGCGAGAAACUCUGAAUAAUGCAGAAAGCAGAGCACAUUCGGCCGAAGACGAGUUAAAGAAAGCCAAAGAGAGAAAUGCAACUGCAGAAGAGGAAGUCAAGAAACUCACCCAUGACCUUCAAGACAUUGAAGACCAGCUAGAUGGGAAAGAAUCACAACUGGCUGAGGUUAACCUACAGCUAGAGGAGGCCGAGCAAACCUCAGAUGAAAAUGAGAGAGUGAGGAAGGUUCUGGAAACUAGGGCCAUGGGUGACGAAGAACGACAAGCCCAGUUUGAAGCCAAGUUAGAGGAAGAGAAACAAAAGCAUGAGGAUGCCGAAAGAGAAAUUGAAGAAUUGGAAGCAAAGCUUGCAGCGGCGGAAGAGGAACUCGAUGAGUGGGAAAGCCGCGCUGAAGACGCAGACGAGCGAGUCAAAGAGUUGGAUGAUGAAAGCAAAACAGUCGAUAACACUCUCCAGUCUCUGAGGGUCCAGGAGUCCGAUGGCAACAGACGAAUUCAAGAGUUAGAAGAAAAAAUAGAGAGAAUUGGGCGAGAAUAUGAAGAAACUGUGCAACGCGCUGAUACAGCAGAGGCUCAAAUUGCGGAUUUGGAAAGAGAAGCUGACCAAUUAGAUGCUGCCUUAGAAAAAAUAAAAGAGAAACAUGCUGAAGCCGAACAGGAGUUGGUUCAGACUAUACAGGAGUUUGAGGAGAUGUAAGACAAGAAUCAUUAUCAGUUUUUUAUGGCAUUUCAAGUGAUUUGGCUGAUUAAACGAUAAUUCAGUAGAGAAGAGUUUCAUAGCCAUCGCUGUAAGCUUUUUGAGGUUUUUUAAGACAUGUAAGGUAUUUGCGUUAACCGUUUUUGAUGGUCCAAUAAAAACAUUGUACUUUGUCAAUA